AUGCGAGUGGACAUACAUGUGGCUGAAGAUUUUUCUCGAAUCCGUCUACAAAGCGGGAAGACAGAGGUAGAGAAUCGCCAGUGCUUGGGAGACACGGAUGCCUCAGCCGUUAGCGUCAACGAUGUUGCAGAUAAGGAGGAAGAUCUCCCGUUGGUUUCCCAGAAACUAAGACCAGAGACGAGAAAGGAUGGAAUGCAGCCGCGCCUGGCUGAGCGGAUGAAGGCCUCUGCGAACCUGGUCCAGAAGGGAACAAAAGGAAAUCUUGCAGUCUAUGGACUGCGGGGAACCGCAAUCUUGGAUUCAGAGGUAAACACGAACGUUUUUUUACGACUCGGAUGGGGGCGGAGAUUAGAUGCAAAUGAUAAAAUGAAUGGGGAUCCCUUGAGGACGAACUCGUAUAAUCCAGUCACGCGGCUUCGAAUCGCGCAGCGUCAAAACUCACAAGAUAUGGGACACUCUCGGCAUUCCAGUCCGAUAGAGGACCCAAUUGUCUUGGAACUAGGAGGGGAGCUUUAA